AUGGGGGCAAAAAAACCACCAAAGCCACCAGGAGUACCAAAUUCAUUCUUCGGUAAGGCAGGGCCCACAGUUCCAUCGGCGCCAGGGCUAUCAGCCGCAGAUCAAGCAGCCGCAGAUCUACUAGCUCAACAGCUACUGGAGGAAGAUAUGGAAAAGGAAGAUAAAGCAGUGGCAGCUGCAUUGGCGGCAGCCAAAGCAGCGGCAGAUCUAGCAGCGGGCAAGAAGCCUCCUGAACCAGCAUCCUCACCACCAGCACCACCAGCACCACCAGCACCAUCAGCACCAUCAGCACCAUCAGCACCAUCAGCACCAUCAGCACCACCAGCACCACUAGCACCACCAUUCGAACCUGCACCAGAUAUUAAAGAUGAUCCAGUUGCAUUGGCUGCUAGAUUAGCUCCUCCACGCGUUGAAAUUUCGGAUGUAGGAAGAUGGAACUUAUUACCCACACUGGGCGCCGGGCUCCACCCAGUAUCAACGUCUGGUGCAGGCCUUAUGUGUGCCAUUUAUGCUAUGACUCUCAGUUACAGCGCUGCGCGAGAUCUUGCGGCCCCCGCGGGCACACCAGUUCCACUAAGAGACAACCCAACAGCUAAUGAGUUGAAAGAAUUUGUGGGAACUGAUGAAUUCUGGACGGAGGCGAUAGGGUACAUGAGAGAGGCUAAUAUGCUCACUUUCUUUAAUGCUGCUACAGGAGUACCGUUUUCCCGUGAGGAGUUACUGGAACAAACUAAGUUGUAUAUAUCAGACGAGCCAAACAAUUACAACAUAACUACACUCUAUCCGAUCCUCAGAUUGCUGAAUAGGAGAUACGGAACGCAUUACGUUAUAGGGAGUUUCGUUCACGGAUUUAAUGUUAGAUGGGAUAUCAAAAAUAAGUUAUGGGAGGUAGAUCACCAGGAUCCAACGCAGGAUCGAGAUAUGGGAAGAGGGGUAAACCCAUAUUUGUGGCUUUGGAACGACAAUGCAGAAACUGAAACAAGAUCGCUUCAUAAUGGUGACGAGUCUAUAAGCCACUGGAUGGGAUUUUCAACAUUGCACAGAAAUCUAGAUCAAUAUUUAAUUGACGAAUCUGAAGCAUGGUUUGGAGAUGAGGUUGACGCCUAUCUGGAGGAAGGCGUGUGGAUAGUUACGGCCGACAUUGAAGGAUAUCAAGUGGACCUUGAAGAUCACCAAGAUCCUAGAGAGCUUCAAUUGUUUACUGGUCAUUUUGUUAGAGAGCCGACGAUAGCUCCAAUUGAAGAUGCCCCGGAUGGUUACAUGUGGGUACAAGGAGGCCCAUUUUGGGAUGGAGUUCUGAACGAAGGACGCGUUGGAAUCGUUCCAAUGAACAGUAUAAAGAGGAUCACGAAAGACAUUCUCAGAGUCGCACAUGAUGCUGCUGGUGCAACUGUUGCCAAUAUAAUCAAGAAUGCUAGCGUUAAUAAAACCGAUAAGGGUCUAUGGCAGGAUUUCUUGAUUCACCGUACUAUUGAGCCGACCACAAAGAUCGGUGCAAAAUACGCCAAUCCAAACGACCCAGCAAAGAAGUUUGUUGGAAGUUUCGAAUUCGAGGAUGGCGAAUUUCUAGUUGACACACAAGAACCACUCAGAUUCCUAUGCCCUCGCAUGAUAAAAUUGGACGGAACGAGAGGAAGAGUCAAACCUCGUAACCUUCAAUACUUGGAAAAGGCAUGGAGGCUCCCUGAGUUGCUGCCCAUUCCAGCAUCAGGUACUAAAAAGCAACCACCCACUUCAACGCCGCCUGGUAAACAAAACCUCUUAGGUACAUCCGAUAAAACAGAUCCCAAAUACAAGUAUAGACCUACCAUGAAAGUAGAAGAUUUCAAGAUAGUGAACCUAAGAAAUCACUGCAAAGCUCGAGGCAUGGUCCCCAAAGAUUAUGGGAGAACGAAGGUCUCGAUGUUGGCUAAGCUUGUCGAGCACGAUGAAAAGAACAAUAGUGCUGUCCAACCUGCGGUGAAUCAACCGGCUAAACCAGCUGAGUCUGGCCAUUUCCUACCUAUGAGACGUGUCAUGGUAGAUAUCGCCAAAAAAGCCGGCCCACCUAAAAUGCCACCAUUCUUCGCAACAGAAAUUGUGGUAGAGUUGGGUAAAGGUGACAUUAACAAUCCUGCGACUUGGAUAAUCGAUUAUGAAGGUCGUGUUGGCAGGAUUGAUGAUGAUAAUCUUGAGCCAAUAGAUAGAGCUUGGGGGAUUGAACUUGAUCUAAUCAGGUGGAAUCAGGCUUUAGAUGUGAUGAAAAAGGAUGUGGGUUAUGAUAAGCCCCCCAAGCCUACAGCCAACCCUACAGCCAACCCUGCUGCCAACCCUGCCGCCAACCCUACUGCCAACCCUACUGCCAACCCUACUGCCAACCCUGCUGCCAACCCUGCCGCCAACCCUACUGCCAACCCUACAGCCAACCCUACUGCCAACCCUACUGCCAACCCUGCCGCCAACUCUACAGCCAAACCUGUAGCAAAGCCUACAACCAAGCCCGCCGGUAAGAAAAUGGCUCUUGAAAAUCCUCCACCUCCUGCCUCCGCAGCUCCAGUUGUUCCGGUUCCAAAUUCCCCAGCUGGAAAGACGGUAGCAAAAAGACCUGCCUCUUCAACUGCGGAGCCUGCCAACAAAAAGACGAAGAAGAAGAGGAAGUGA